AUGAGUGAUAUUAGUGUGAUUCUUGAAAAUGCGAUCUUAAGUCCUGAUCCAGUUAAACGUAAUGAAGCUGAAGCUCAAUUAAAGAGUUUAUCUGAAGAAAAUUUCUUAAUGUAUAUUGGUUUAUUAACUCAAACUCUUGCUGAUGAAUCAAUUAAACCUGAAGUUAGAAUAUUAGCUGGUAUUCAAUUGAAAAAUCAAUUGACUUCAAAAGAUCAACAAAAGAAAAAACAUCAAGCUGAACGUUGGAUAAGUUUAGAUCAAAAUUCUAAAUCUCAAAUUAAAGAAAUUUCUUUAAAAGCUUUAUUAAGUCCUAUUGAUAGGGUUGCAAAUUCUGCUGCUCAAUUAGUUGCUGCUAUUGCUGAUAUCGAAUUACCAAGACAAGAAUGGAAUGAUUUGAUUGGUAUAAUUGUCGAAAAUACUAAACCUGAAAAACCUGAACAUGUUAAACGUGCUUCUUUAUUGGCUAUUGGUUAUAUUUGUGAAACUUCUGAUCCAAAUGAUGCUGGUGUUGUUAGUCAAUCUAAUGGUAUCUUAAUUGCAAUUGUUCAAGGUGCCCAAUCUUCAGAAACUUCUAAAACUGUUCGUUUAACCGCAUUAAAUGCUCUUGUUGAUUCUUUAGAAUUUAUUAAAUUUAAUUUUGAACGUGAAGGUGAAAGAAAUUAUAUCAUGCAAGUUGUUUGUGAAGCUACUCAAGCUGAUGAUGAUGAUUUACAAGCUGCUGCUUUUGGUGCUUUAGCUCGUAUUAUGUCUUUAUAUUAUUCUCAUAUGAGUGUUUAUAUGGAAAAGGCACUUUAUGGAUUAACAGUUGCUGGUAUGCAAAAUAAAAAUGAACAAGUUGCUUGUAUGGCUGUGGAAUUUUGGAGUACAGUUUGUGAAAAUGAAAUUGAAAUUGCCCUUGAAAAAGAAGAAUUCCCAGAUUCUCCAUUAAAUUCUUAUAAUUUUGCAAUUGUUGCCCUUCAAGAUAUUUUACCAACUUUAUUUCAAUUAUUAACAAGACAAAAUGAAGAUUUAGAUGAUGAUUCUUGGAAUGUUUCAAUGGCUGCUGGUGCUUGUUUACAAUUAUUUGCUCAAGAUACUGGUAAUUAUGUUGUUCAACCAACUUUACAAUUUGUUGAAGCAAAUAUUAGUUCACCAGAAUGGAGAAAUCGUGAAGCUGCAGUUAUGGCAUUUGGUUCAAUCUUGGAUGGUCCAGAUAGAGAACAAUUAAAAGUAUUAAUUGGUCAAGCUUUAAUUCCAAUCUUAAAUUUAAUUCAUGAUGAAAAUUUACAAGUUAAAGAUACUGUUGCUUGGUGUAUUGGUAGAAUUGCUGAUUUAAUUAUUGAUGCUAUUGAUAUUGAUCAACAUUUACCAAUUGUUAUUCAAACUAUUAUUAAAGGUUUACAAGAUCAUGGUAAAGUUUCUACAAAUUCUUGUUGGACUUUAAUAAAUAUUGUAGAAAAAUUAAAUCAAAGUGCUCAACAUGAUGAAACUUCUCCAUUAUCUAAAUAUUAUUCAAAUUUAGUUCCAAUUUUAAUUCAAGUUUCUGGUAGAGGUGAUAAUGAAUAUAGUGCAAGAGCUUCUGCAUAUGAAGCUUUAUCUACAUUAGUUCUGUUUAGUGCUAAUGAUGUUAUGCCAAUUGUUAAUAAUAUUGCUCAAGAAGUUUUAACAAGAAUUGAACAAACUGUUCAAUUACAAUCUCAACUUGUUUCAAAUGAAGAUAAAUCUAAUCUGGAAGAAUUACAAUCAAAUAUUUUAAAUUUAUUAACAAAUAUUAUUAGAAGAGUUGGUUCAGAAGUUGCUCCAGUAUCUGAUAAUUUAAUGGAAUUAUUUUUAAAAUUAUUACAAGCUCAACAACAAAAUUCAAGUAUUGAAGAAGAUGUUUUCAUUGCUAUUAGUGCACUAGCAGGUUCAGUGGGUCAAGAUUUUAAUAAAUAUAUGACUGCAUUCUUACCAUUCUUGACUAAUGCAUUAAAUCAAACAGAAUCACCAGUUUCAAAUACUGCUGUGGGAUUAGUUGCAGAUAUUUCUCAUUCAUUAGGUGAAAAUUUCAUUCAAUAUUCUGAAGGUUUAUUAAAUAUCUUGGGUUCAAUUGUUUCAAAUAAUAACGUUAGAAAAGAAUUAAAACCAUUUGUUUUAUCAUCAUUUGGUGAUAUUGCUUCAGCAAUUAAUUCACAAUUUAAACCUUAUUUACAAGUUGUUUUUGAAAUUUGUCAUGGUGCACAAAAUUCUCAACCUGAAAAUUCAUCAAUUGAAGCUUUAGAUUAUGUUUUAAAUGUUCGUGAAUCUGUUUUGGAUUGUUAUGUUGGUAUUGUUGGUGGAUUACAUGAAGAAGCUGAUGCUUUAUUCCCAUUUGUUCAACAAAUUUUUGAAUUAUUAGCAACAAUUAAUGAAGAUCCAGCAUUAACUUUAUCAGAAAGUGUUUCAAAAUCUGCAGUUGGUUUAAUUGGUGAUUUAGCACAAAUUUUUGCAGAUGGUAGAAUUAAAACUGCAUAUAAUCAAGAUUGGAUUACACAAUUGAUUAAAAAGACAAGAAAUAAUCCAAGUUUCCAACAAAAUACUAAAGAUACUGCAAGAUGGGCAAGAGAACAACAAAAACAACAAAUUAAUUUAUAA